UCCUCCAAGCAAACGAAAGUUUUUCGUCGCUUUGUCUUGCAUCUGAGCGAAGCUAGUUGUUUUACAAGUCAAUAUCUUGGAAGAUUCUUCUUUUAUAUAUUCAUUUCUGCAGCACCUUCCCUGUUUCCAUUCCUGGUUCUUGCGCCUCAGCUUUUAGCCAUUGUCAAUCUCAUUCAUCAAUCACAUCACAGCCAACUUCCACUUUUCUUUUUGGCUUUUAAAUUCCACAGCCUGCUGUCAUUUUUGCUUUCAUAUUCAGAUUACUUCACACACAGUCUAUCCACCCAACCCAAUCUUCUCAAAAACACUACAGAAUCUCAUAUCUCUUUUUCUGUCCACGUGGGCAAUGAUAAAAGCCUGCAAUAAUUUGUAUAUUUAAUUCCUGCUUCUCUACAAGCAUUGCCUUUGUAUAUUGCUUGAACAAGUCAAAACCCCUGUCGUCCAGUUUCUUAAUCAUCUUUUAUAUUCUUCUUGAUUCUGGAAACAGUGAAGGAUAUACUAUUGAAAACCCGGUUGCAUAUUCAAGUCAGCCUUAGGAAUCUACUCAGGGACUAGCCAUGACAGAGGACAAUGAAAGCAGGGCUUCAAUUAAGCAUGAGGGACAUUAUAAAGCUAUGGCGGUUUGUUGGUUUCUGGGGCUGGGCUCCCUUGUCGCUUGGAACAGUCUGCUGACUAUAGGAGAUUACUAUUAUAACUUGUUUCCAGCGAGUUACCACCCGUCGCGGGUUCUUACCCUUGUUUAUCAACCAUUUGCACUUAUUACUAUGGUAACACUAGCAUACCAUGAAGCAAAGUUGAACACCAGGAAGAGGAACUUAAUUGGAUAUGCUCUCUUCUUCCUUGGGACCUUGAUGCUAAUAGUGGUGGAUUUAGCUACGUCUGGGAGUGGAGCAAUUGGACCCUAUAUUGGUAUAUGUGCAUGUGUUGGUGCAUUUGGGGUUGCAGAUGCCCAUGUUCAAGGUGGAAUGGUCGGAGACCUGUCUUUUAUGCAUCCUGAAUUCAUCCAGUCCUUCUUUGCUGGCUUGGCUGCAUCAGGUGCUCUAACCUCUGGCAUGAGGCUGAUGACAAAAGCUGCCUUCGAGAAGUAUCACAAUGGUCUUCGUAAGGGGGCGAUGAUGUUCCUUGCAAUUUCCACACUCAUCGAGUUUCUGUGUAUUCUUCUAUAUGCAAUUUACUUCCCUAGAUUGCCUAUAGUAAAGUACUACCGCUCAAAGGCAGCCUCAGAAGGCUCUAAAACUGUAUCCGCUGAUCUUGCUGCUGCUGGCAUCCAAACACAAGCAGACAUAGAAGUCUCAAAUGAUACUAAAAUACUUCCAACUCGACUGAGCACUAAGCAAUUGUUCAUGCAGAAUAUAGAUUAUGCACUUGACUUGUUUCUGAUAUAUGUGCUGACAUUAUCAAUCUUCCCCGGCUUCAUAUUUGAAAAUACCGGAAAACACCAGUUGGGCACAUGGUAUCCACUUGUUCUGGUGGCAAUGUACAAUGUGUUGGAUUUGAUAUCAAGAUACAUACCCCUUGUGAAAUGCCUGAAGAUCGAAUCCAGAAAGGGCCUCAUGAUUACAAUUCUAUCGCGUUUCCUGUUCGUUCCAGCAUACUACUUCACCGGAAAAUACGGCGACCAGGGAUGGAUGAUCUUGCUCACAUCAGUCUUAGGAUUAACAAAUGGUUAUCUCACUGUAUGUGUCAUGACAGUGGCACCCAAGGGUUACAAGGGACCUGAGCAAAAUGCCUUGGGAAAUAUACUUGUGUUGUGUCUUUUGUGCGGCAUAUUUGCAGGAGUUUCCCUUGACUGGUUAUGGCUCAUUGGCAAGAGCAAAUUUUAAGGAGCCGAAGUGUGAUCACCAAGAAAUAAAGUUGCUCUAGUUUGAAUGCUAAUUUCAUGAUCGGCUGAAUUGAAGACCAAAUAGGAACUACUUCUCGCAACCUUGUAAAUUAUUGGUUUUCUUUCUUGAAUUAAGAUUAUAGAAGAAGAUUAAUCUCUUGAUCUUGAACCACACUCUGAGCCUCAGGCUCAGCCUCACUUAAACCCCAGCAUGUUGAAUCUUGAUGAUCUCUCCGACCUUGUAUUGAUAGAAAUCAUUUGUCGACUUCCCCUUGCAUCUGCAGCUCAA